CAUACAAAUAAGCGCCCUAUAUUCUGUCGUUGUCCUUGCAGUCGUUCGCCACUCUCACAACAUCGACCAGCUUUGAGUGAACAUGAGCGCGAUGGAAACCGACGAGCUGCCUGUUGUGCUUCCGUCAAGCACGGCAUCAGGACUCUCAAUAGCUUUGCACCCACUGCCCAUUCUGAACAUCUCUGAACACCUUACGCGUCUCAAACUCCAGACCAGAUCGAACAGUCCUUUCGUCAUUGGCGCACUAUUGGGCACGCAGAAUGGGCGAGAUGUCGAGAUCGUGAAUACAUUUGAGCUCGCCUUGGCAGACGGUGGCGCCACUGUCGACCAGAACUUCUUGCUGGAUCGCAAAGAACAGUACAAGCAAGUCUUUCCCUCCCUCGAGUUUAUAGGAUGGUACACCGUCGCUCCACGACCGACGGCACAGCACAUUGCCCUGCAUGAACAGUUCUUGCCCUACAGCGCGACGCCGCUCCUCCUCAUCCUUCAGCCUUCCACCGUUUUUGCUGCAUCCCCUGACUUGACUGCCCAAUCGCUACCGCUCAAAGCUUACGAGCCGACAAUAGAAAUUCGUGACCGCAAGUCGCGUUCUGUGUUCAUCGAAGCACCGUUCUCCGUCGAGACGGGCGAAGCGGAACGGAUUGCUGUAGAUUGGACUGCUAAGGGUGGGGAGGGCGACAACAGCUUGCAUUCGCAUUUAAGUUCACAGCGUGCUGCCGUGAAAAUGUUGCACGACAGAAUUGUGCUAUUGGUCAAGUACGUCUCCGACAUCUUGGCAGGGCAAGCGAUCAAAGAUCACUCGACGCUUCGCGCUCUUUCGGCUCUUGUCGCCUCGUUGCCUGCAAGCGACCACAAAGGGUUCCGGGAGGAGUUUGAUACUGAAUACGAGGACGUCCAGCUCACGGCAUACCUCUCCGCGCUGACCAAAUCCGCUAGUCUACUGAAUGAUCUGGUGGACAAGCACGUUGUGCUUACUGCCACACGCGAAGAGCGGCACGCUGGGCCAGGCGGCCCACGGCGUCGCGGCAUGCCCGGUAUGGGGAUGAUGGGCAUGGGCAUGGACAGGCUUUCCGACUGGCGGAGCUUCCAUUAAGAUCCUUACGAGGGCCGGCAGGAUCUGGACUCCGGAACUGCAGUUGUUCCUUGCUGUGCUAUUCGCUGCGCUGUUGUAUCAGUAUGUGUCCCCCCAAUCUACUUACGCCGUGUGACGGAUC